AUGGCACCAAAAGAAUGGAGUAACUUCCAUGUGGGAAGAGAAUGUAGCCACCAGAAGUGGUCUCGACGAAACACACCCAAAUUGACCGUCUCAUCCGGCGAAACGGUCUCUUUUGAUGCCAUUGACAGCAGCAACGGCCAACUUAACACGUCAUCUGAAGCCUCAGCCAUCCAAACAUUGGAUCUCGGUCUGGCUAACCCCGUCUUCGGCCCGAUUUAUGUGAACGACGCCCAACCCGGCGACGUCCUCAAAGUGGAAGUCCUAGACCUGGAAGUCGCAGACUGGGGUUGGUCCGCCAUCAUCCCCGGCUUCGGCCUACUAGCCGACGAAUUCCCAGAGCCAGAAAUCAAAAUCUGGGAAUUGAACCGCGAAGCCGGCUUCGCUCAGUUCAAGGACAUGCGCAUCCCUCUACGCCCCUUCCUCGGAUGCAUGGGUCUUGCCCCAGCCGGCGAUGAAGAGCUCUCGACCGUCCCGCCCACAAACGCAGGCGGGAACAUGGACUGCCGCGAGCUCAGCGUCGGCUCCACCGUUUACCUCCCCGUCCAGACAGCCGGCGCGCUGUUCAGCUGCGGCGACGGCCAUGCAGCCCAAGGCCAUGGCGAAGUCUGCGGUACCGCCAUCGAGACUCCCAUCCGGGCGACGCUACGCUUCGAACUCCUCAAGAACCAGCCUUGGAUAACGGCCCCUCAGUUCCAAACCCCGCCCCGCGGCCAGAUCCCAAAUCCUCUCCCUGACCUUGGCACCUACGGCGCGCUUGGUGUUGCGCCGGAUUUGUACGAGGCUACGCGGAGUGCUACACGGAAUCUUAUUCAGUGGCUCGUGCAGACCAAGGGUUUGACGCGUAGCGAGGCAUAUAUUCUUGCUAGUGUUGCUGGUGACUUGCAGAUUGUUGAGGUGGUCAACGUGCCCAACUUUGAAGUGGCCAUGACUCUGCCUCUGGGCAUUUUCUCUUAA